AAAAGAUUAGCAAUAUUAAUUGUUUAUUCCUCGAUCGUCUUUAUAAUUAACUAGUCCUAUAUCCAUAAAUUUUGCCUCAAUGCUUUGUGUAUUGUGAAGCUGAAAAUCAAUUUGAAGGCCUCCCUGCAGUCCCAGAUAUAGUGGUGAAUAAUGGGAGUCAUGGUGAGAGGUGGUGGCGUCGUGGUGGCUUUCACAACUUUACAAAACCAUAAUAGCUUGUUGGCAGUCAGUCGUGAGAGUGGGUUGGCAAUGGCAACUCCAAGAGAAGCAGCAUGUUACCAGCAGCAGCAGCAGCAGCAGUUCAAUUGUUAUACCCGGCGGCAUAUGAGAGCAGCAACACUAAUGGUUGUGUCGGCCAAGAAGAAAGACGAAGAAGAAGCUGAAACAAAUGAACCCAAGAGAAAACAGAAUCUGUUCGAGAGCGUAACAGAAGCUUUGGAUUUUGCCCAGGUCCGAUCCGAGGAAGAUGCUCAGCUACUUGACGAUGCUAGAAAAGCUACCAAAUCCGGAUCUAAAAUGACCCGGGAACAGUACGGUGCUCUCAGAAGGAAAAUUGGAGGAACAUACAAAGAUUUUUUCAAAUCCUACGUUGAUGUGGACGGGGAAUACGUUGAGGAAGGUUGGGUGGACAAAACUUGUAAGAUUUGCAAAAAAGAUACAAGGGGGGAAGCAAGGCAGGUCGACAAUUUUGGAAGAUACGUUCAUAUAGCUUGCUUAGAUGACAAGUCCAAGUCCGGGGGAAACUUUUUCACUAGACUUUUCUCAUAAUCAUCUCUUAUUGUAUAUAGUUCAAUUAAAUGAUGAUCGAUGAAAUAAUAAUUUUAUUACCUUUUA